ACUGAUUUAUCGCCUCCAGAAUAAUUCCAUGAAGCAAUUUUAUGUCGUAUAACGUGAAAAUAUGUCGAGUUUAGAUGUAAUCUGUGAGAAGAUUCACAAUGGUCACGGUCCGCGGUGGGAACGCGGCGGAAUUUGCGUCGCGUGCGUCGUAGAAAUGAUGGACAGGUCGGAUGUGUCGGUGGUGCGGAAGCGCGCAGCGCUCGUGUCCGUGAUGCGCGUUGACGCGGUUCGGGAGCUGCUGUACUGCGAGGAAGAGCGAAGAGUAAACUUCAUCUCAUCACUACUGAGAACAUUGUUCAGUGCUGUGGACUCGUCUCUACUGGAUCAGACCAUUCAAGUUCUGUUGCAGGUGACACUGGACAUCCCGAAUCAAGCGUUUCUGCUCUUCAUCCUGGAUCAGAUCCACUCACGGUGGACUGAUGGGCAGAAAGUGUCUCUGUCCUCCUUGACGUUUCUGGGUAAACUGCUGGACGCUCAUCCUGCUCUGAGUCAAACACUGACGUCCAGCCGCUUGUGUGUGCUGGAGUGUGUGUGCUCAGCUCUGCUGGUGUCAGAUGAGGAAGUGAAGGUCUCCGUGUGUUACGUGUUGUUCAGGAUCUGGAGUUUCUCCGCUGCGGUUCAGAUGCUUCCAGACACACUCCGACAGCGCAUGUGUGUGUUACUGCUGCACACACUCUCAAACACACACACCACAGCGCUCACUGUCAACUGCUUGGGUGUUGUGAAGCAGAUGUGUCAGUACUCUGAUGUCGUGUGUGUGUUGAUGAAUCUGAAUGAUGGAGGUGAAAAUCCUCUGUCGUAUCAACCGCUGCCGCUCAUCCUGAAAAAGCUGUUGUUGAGCGCUCAGGACUCUCUGCAGGUGGUCUCUGUGCGCUGUGUGUGUGCUGUAUUGAUUCACGCUCCUCUUCGCUUCUCUUCGUCCUUCAUUCAGGCUGAUUUACCUGUGAGAUUCCUGUUGGAGGUGAUGAGCGGCGGCUGCAGUGACGUGUUGUUGUGGUCGGUGUUCAGCUGUUUGCUGCUGCUGUCUGAAGAUCCGCUCUUCUUCUCACAGUGUCACGCCGUCUACGGUGUGGAGCCGUUGGUUCGCUGUCUGAAAGAGACUUUGGGAAAAUCCAACACUGAGGUGCAGAAACAAGGACUGAAACUGCUGGCGGCCAUAUUGGACAGGCAGCCUGCAGCGGUGCGUCUCUUUCCGACAGGUUCUGAGUUUUCUGCUGUGUGUGAUGUCAUUGUGGAGGGUGUGUCCUCGUCCUGUCUGCAGGUGUCCAUGUGUGCGGUGCGAGCAGCCACUGUCCUCUUCAGGCCCAACCAUCAGUCCAGUCCGGUUCAGCUCACAGACAUCAAGAGGAUUGUGGAGGUUGUGAUGUCCAAAAUCACAGAGCACCAUCACACACGCAGCAGAGAGAGCUGCUCUGGUUCAGAUUCAGUGACAGCAAGAGUUUUGCUGCAGACGCUCACAUGCUUUGACGCCGCCUGCAGGUUGGUCGAGGCGUGUUUAUGUGACUCGUCUCUGAUGGACGGUGUGUGUUCAGCUCAGGAGACGCUGGAGUCUGUGUGUGUGUUUCUGCUUCACUGUUGCGACGCUGCCUGCAUUCCUGCAGUUACUGUGAGACACACACACACACACACACACACUCACACUGUGUGUGAGCGCGUGAAGUGUCCUCAGGUCCUGCAGCUCUUCCUCUCGGUUCUGUCGCAUCAGUUUUCUCUGUGCCCCGAUCACAUGACCUCUUUUUCCAGUAAGCUUGCCGCGUCUGGAUUCAUCAGACUGACUCUGGAGAGUAAAGCUCAGCUGUGUUCAGGGAACAGGAACUCGUCUCUCAAUCAGAUCUGCUGUGAUUUCCUGCUGAAGCUCUGCAUGUGUCUGAUCUCAAAUGAACACACCUGGACCAAUGAGCUGCAAGAUGUGGAGUGUGUCCUGCAGGAGUCUCUACCAUCUCUGUGCUGCUCCGUGUCUGAUUGGCCGUCUGUGCUCUCUGAUUUCCCACAGUCCCUCAGAAACACUCAGUGCUGCCUCAUCUACCUGCUGCACCUGUCGCUGCUGCACGGGGACAGGUUUCUGAGUGACUCGGCCGUGUUCUCCGCUGUGCUGCGCUUCAUCACAUGUGUUCAGGAUGUUUCUGUGUCCGUGUUGAGUUCAGUGCUCUAUCUGCUGUCCGUCACUCAACACGCCGGCCCACGUCUGGACACGGUGUCUGUGAGCGUCCUCACUAAAGCUGUGUCCUCCUGUCCGCUGCUCUUCUCUCACUCUCUUCCUCUGUCCAUUUUGAGCUUCAUCUUCCUGUAUCCGGAGCUCUUGGAGCAGUUCGGAGCACCAGCUCUAGCGGGACGUCUGUCUUGCGGGUCAGAGGAAACUCGGGAGAAGGAGCUGAUGGAGCUGCUUCACACACACCCUGCAGCACUGCUGUGCAUACUGGCCGUGGCGUGUGACCCCGAAUCUGCAGCGUCACAUUCAGCCAUCGAUGUGUUGCAGUGUUUCCUGCGAUCGGCCGACAGCAGCAGCUGCAUCGGCAAGACUUCUGGUCUCUCUGAUCAGAUCCGUUCGACACUGCUAAACAUCCUGCAGAGACGCACAAACACUGUCGGUCUGUCGGUUCUGCUGGACAUGAUGUCUGUGAUCCACUCGUCUGGUCAGAUGGAUCACACUGACUUCAGACUCAUGUACCAUGUCAGUAAUCUAGUUGGAAAGCUGGACUCCAGUGACUCUGAGCUGCUCCUAUCUGUUUUCAACUUCCUCUACUGCUUCCUGUGUGUGUGUCCUUCACACGCUACUGAUAGAGCGGUGUGUCUGCUGCUGGGAAACAUCAGGCUGAUGGAGCUGCUGGAGGAGGUUUUAUCUGCCUCUUCAUCCUCAUCUUCAUCACUGCAGAGCUCCUGUCUGCUCCUGCUCUCCUCCCUCACGCUCCUGCAGCACAAACACUCCGCUCAGGUUCACAGGAGCGUCAGUGUGGAUCUGCAUCAGAUAAUCAGACGACUGGCCUUCAGCAAGAGACACACGGACACACUGCUCAUCGUGUGCAGUGUGAGUUUGGUACAGGUGUGUUUGGAUGUGGACGCGUCUGCUCUGCUGUGUGUGUGUGAUGCAGCACUGCAGCGACCUCUGACCUCUACAGAUGGAGCUCUUCAUCCCAUUGGACACAGUGGCGCUACGAGCCUCAUGACAGCGCUGAGUGCACUAAUGCUAACACCUUGUGGGCAGUUUGCCAACAUAUAG